AUGCGUGGAAAUAAAAACUCUGGUCCUUGUGCAAUCAAGAAUUGUGAUAAUAAUGAUAAAAAUCCUGAAGAUGUUAACUUCAGAACUAUAACAGACAAUGUGUUUAAAAAUAUAAGAGAACACCAAGACUAUGAAAGCAUAAAUUAUUUAAGAUUAAAUGAACAACUUUGUGCUAAUCACUACAUGAAGUAUGUAGCAUAUUAUAAACGUAAGCAAUUGAAUGUCAAUGAAAAUUCUUCAAAUAAUAUCAAGAUUAAUGUCACAGAAAAUGGAGUUCUUUUAUCCAGAGAAGAUUUUGAAUAA